GUCAAUGUUCUGUCAGAUAAAUGUCGCUGAACAUCUGUUUUUAACGUCUCGUAAUAAUUAUUUAUCAUUUUGUUUUGAAAAUGUGAAGAGUUUUCAGUAUAUAUAUAUUUUGUGGUUUUCCCUUUUGUAUCUGAUGAUGGAUAUAUUAAAAGCAGAAAUUGCCAGAAAAAGAAAACAACUAGAAGAAAAUGCACUUCUGGCUCCCGACAAGAAGUAUUUCAAAAGAGGGGAGCUAAUUGCUAAAGAACAAGAGGAGUAUAAAAAGAAGUACAAAAUACAGGAAGAAGCAAACGAUAAACUAGCAACAGAUGCAAAAGGCAAAGAGGUUCAAUCAGAUGUACAACAUAACAUUCUCCCCAGGCAUGAAGUCAUAUCAAGGUUAAGGGAUAGAGGAGAACCUAUUCUUUUAUUUGGUGAAACAGACACAGAUGCAUUCAAAAGGCUAAGAAAGUGUGAAUUAUUAGAACCUGAAAUAAACAAGGGUUUCAGAAAUGAUUUCCAAGAGGCAAUGGAACAGGUUGAUGAGGCUUACUUGAACGAGUUACUCAAAAAUCCUGAUGAGGAUAAAAAGUCUUCUGAAAAGACUUCAAGUGAUUCCCAAGUACCUAACAUUACCUAUGAGGAUAUUAGAGAUAUGGCAAAAAGGAUGGGCAGAGGCAACAGAGAACAUGAUAUGACAAACAUUGUUAAUUUUGUACAGUUGAUUUUGAAGAAUUGGGAAGAACAGUUGCAAAACAGGUCAAAAGAGGAGAAAUCCAGUACACAAGGAAAACUUAUGCUAGCCAUUUAUAAACAGACACAAGAAUAUCUGAAACCUCUUUUAAGAAAACUCAAGAAUUUUACUCUACCUGAAGAUAUAUGUGACAGUUUGACAGAGAUUGUGAUACAUUUGCUAGAGAGAAACUACCUAAAGGCAAGUGAUGCAUACCUACAGAUGGCAAUAGGUAAUGCGCCAUGGCCUAUUGGUGUAACCAUGGUGGGUAUUCACGCUCGUACAGGUCGAGAAAAGAUUUUCUCAAAAAAUGUGGCACAUGUCAUGAAUGAUGAAACACAGAGAAAAUACAUUCAGGCAUUGAAAAGGCUUAUGACCAAGUGUCAAGAGUACUAUCCUACUGAUCCCUCCAGGUGUGUGGAGUACCAGGCAUUUGAGAAACCAGCUGAGGAAAAGAACUAAGUCUAGUUCAGUUUGUUUUUGUAAAUAAUAAGCAUAAGUUAUAAAAUUAAGUUUAAUAAAUUUUGCAAAAGAA